CGUACGCGUAUAUCAUACGCGUAUUAUAGACAUAACAGACCCAAAACAACUAACAUAUGCGUCAAUUUGACGCGCAUUAUAGCAAAUAUAACAAUCAUAAACCCCUACCAACAUACGCAGAUUCUCUCAAAGAAAUUCCAUUUCUUGCACACUAUUCAAUUAUCUGGGUGUUCCUCAAUUCUUAGGUUUGAUUUUCGUUAAAGAUUAGUAAAAAAAAAAAAAAAAAAGAGUGAGAAAAAAGGAAAUUCCGAAGCAUUCGUAAAGUUUAUUAUGAUGAUAAUAAACAAUAAUGGAGAUAAAAUUGAUCGAUUUCACAUAUUUCUCUCAAAUGUGUGAUUAGUGUUAAAAUCAUUGAAAGAAACCCAAAAGAUAGUAGUAAUUCUUGGAUGAAGAUUUUAUGGAAUUCUAAAGAGUUUUAUUUGGAAGAUAGUGAGGGUUCAUAAUAAGGAGUCAAUUAUGUUUUGAUAUAUAUUCAAGCCUAACAAAAUUCACUACUUGAGACUUUCUGUGAGUUCUUCUACUACUUUUUAUUUUUAUUUUUGAGGUGUGUUUGUUAAACUUUUAAAAGGGUUUUUGAAUGAUUUUCAGUUUUGUAUGGUUUUGGCGGUUUUCUUUUUCUUUGUGAAAAUUUGGGUAAGUUUUCAUUAAUGUUAAUGCUAUAGGAAUGCUGCAUUUUUUGUAUUUGUUUUUGUGUUUUUUAUUGGUGUAAUCGUCAUUAUGCUCAAAUUUCUGAUCUUUUUGGUUGUUUACUUUGUUGGUUUUUGUAUGUGUUUCCUGUUUGUCCAAAAUGUGCUGUUUUUGUAUGUGUUUCUUGUUUGGAUUAAAGUAUUUCAGAAUUAUUAUCAUGUUUAUAGUCUUGUAAGUACUACUACAUUUAUGUUUUUUCAAUUUCCUAGUAUGGUGCUGGUUUGAAGUAGUAGUUCACUAGAAAAAGAUCUUAGGUUUUUCAUCUCGAGGAAUGCUCAUGUGGUUUUGAUUUUUUAACAUUUAUGUUUAGGAUGCGUUCUUUUCACCUUUUACUCUCCUGGCCUGAUUUAGUUGAAAUUAUAGAAGUUUAUUUCAUAUGUUGUUGAGAAUAGAGAUGAAAUGUAUAAUAUUAAGGUGAAGAGAAAGCACUUUUCGUAGUUAUGUUUAUUGUUUCAGGUCUUAAAUAGUAAAAUUUGAUGCUAUUUCUCGGUACCAUUUCUAGUAUGAGCUAUUAUAUGAUGUGAUUAAUAUUGUUUCAAUGCAAUUGUUGGCUUAAUAAGCAAGAUCAUUUAUUUGAUUGGGUGAUAUUUCUUUGCUAUAGGAUAGUGGUGCUCACACUGUUGAUACUUGUUGUGAGGUUUGUGAACUACGUUGCCAUUAGACCACAUUGCCUUUUCUCGUUGUAUUUUUUUUUGUGGGAUUCACAGAAUAUGUUGUGGGACUUGACACCAGAUACAUUUAUGACGGCGCUAGCAGACUUAAUUGAUAAUUCGUUACAGGCAGUGUGGUCUAAUGGCAACGGCGAAAGGAAACUGAUAAGAGUUCAAUCAUUCCCUGCUCUUAUUGACUGAAUGUUGCACUGAUCACUCUAUCAAUGCCUCCUAUCAAAAAUACACUCAGUGUUGAGGUGUACAAGGAUAAAGUUUAUGUAUCUCAUACUGGCCCUGGAAUUAAUGGAAGUGAUGAGAAUUCGAUGGUGAAGUGGCUGCAGGUCGACUUCGAGAUCCGCCAGACAGAGGGACUGAACUGUCCCCUCAUGGAAGUUUUACGGAGAUUGCUAUGAAUCCCAAGUUAGAACUCCCUGAUACAUUUUAACUCCAGUGCAAGCUUAAGGAUAUUUGUUUCCCUUACAUUUAGUGUGCUAAGAUAUCAAGACCAAGAGGACUACAAGUCUACAAUAUUGAUGGAUUUCCAGAUCAAUGGCAUCAAUUUAGCUUUAGUUGAAGGAGUUGAAGUGGCAGUGACGAAUCUGAAUUCUUCUAGUGGCCCAGACUUUGUCCGGAAUCUUCACUUUUCUUUUGAAGAGGAUAAGGUUGCGUCUAAAUCUCCAACAGUGCGAGAAGGGAACACGCACCUGAAGUGUGUUUACUUUCCCAUAGUUGAGGGCAAGGAGAGUAUUGAUAAAAUUUUGGAAAAACUGAAUUGUAAUGGCUGUGGAAUUCAAGAAGACUAUGAAUCUUUUAGUCGUAUUUCCAUCAGGCGGUUGGGUUGUCUUCUUCCUGAAGCUCGCUGGGAACUGCUGCCUUGUGUGAAAUCCAGACAGAAGAAGGGGAACAAGGUUGAAAUUUUGAAGAGAAACUGUUCAAGAGUUAAGUGCUUCAUUGAUAAGAUUGUUUGCUUUACCAAAAAUCUUAUUCUAAAUACUGAUCUAGCCCCUCAUGAUCGUUUUACCAAGGCAUUGAAGGAUCUGGGAUGUUACACUCCUCAAAAAGAGAAAGUAAAAGUCCAAAUUUUUAGAGGCGAGAAGCAAUUGACGCUUUAACAACUGGAGCGAGAGUAUCAACACUGGAUUUUACAAAUGCAUAGUCAGUAUGAUAGUGAAUUCAACUGUGGUGAUGAAGAACCUGUUUUUCUUGUUGCUGAAUCAAUCAAACAAGAACUUGGCAUAACUGUGAUGGCCACUAGGAUUGAGGAGGAAGAUGGAAGUGUACUUAGAGUUGAUGCUACUAGCAGAGACUUGGAACUCCGCAGCUCUAUAUCUCUGCCUACUGUUGUGAUGAAUCCAGGAAAGUGUAUUGUCGUUAUCGACGACCGAAAUUGCCAAGUUGACAAGCUAAAUCUGAAAAUUCCCUCGACAAAUGAUGUGCUGCAACCAAAGCAAUGCGAAGCAUUAGAAAUUGAUGGGUCAGUAUAUAGUAUGUAUCUAAACAAUUUUAGAUUGCAGGUAAAGUGAUUAUUGAAAACAAUAAUCAUAUUAGUUAAAUGAGAAGAUCUCCAAGAUACAUUAGUUAAUGUUCAAUAUUAAGGAGACCAUGUAGAAAUUAUAUAGAAAUUGGACCUAGCUAUUCAAACAUAAAGUGAAAAAAUGUUUGCUAUUUUCUUUGUGGUAUCAAGUGAAACCUGUAUUUUAUAGUUCUCUACUUAAUCCAGUGAUGUUUUUCAUUGUUA